AUGCUCACCGGCCAGACUCAAAAGAGGUUCGGGGAAAAUGAAGAUCCUCUCGAGCCCAGAUCUAUUCAAGAUAUCAAGACAAUGCUGAAUGCUUCUGGUCAUGGCGCACGAAUCAAGAAUCACAAAAUCUUAUCUGGAAUCAUGUUCUUUGAGGUUCAAGAGGAGAGGGACAUAAAAAGGUUGGGCCGCAAAUCUUACGUCCGGCACUAUCUGGUUGCUGGAGAGGAUCCGAAUGAUGAGGGCUGUGUUGCGGCAAUCAGUUUGUCGGACGAAGAGAGGCAAGUUCAAACUACUCACAUGAGUGCUUUGAAUGACACUAGAGGCGGCAUCAGCAACGUCGCAUGGUGUUCAUCCCUUCAGCUCAGGCGUAAAAUACUUCGCAAUGGUAAGUCUUCCAGGAGUUACACGGCUAUCAAAACUGUUCGCAGAGACUACUGCGAAGCUCUUCUCCUUGAGUUUGACGAUUUGGUACCUUUCAAGAACCAGAAUUGGCAGGCGAUCCAGAACAUAAUCAACAGACAUCAGCAUCUAUUGUAUGACGAGGAUGAUCAACCCAGACCUGAGGCCGUGGGUGAUGAACCCGAUGAUGAUGAUGACCACGAUCACGAUGACUACCGUGAUGAUGAUUACGGCCGGGACAAUGUGAUCGAUCGAGACUCCGACGUGGAAGAUGACACCAUCAAUACUAACCUGAACCGCUUCGAUCAAUACGACGAUCACUCGCUGAGCCCUACUCAUACGUUCAUACCUCAUUCCAGAGACAAUUCGCCCGAGAUUGUUACUACAAAUUCACUCGACGAUGAUGAUAUCGAUAUGGGUUUAACCCCAACCAGAAAUGACUCCGACCUUGACGAGGAUCUUGUAAUCAUCUCCGAUUAUCCAAAGCAACCCAAGCUCGAGCCCAAAGUUGAGCCUGAUCCAGAGAUCACGACUAUAAACAAAACCGCAAUGAUCAGAAGCACAAACAGUUUCAUUGAUUUGACAGGAGAACCAGACACAGAGGUGAUUGACUUGACGGGGGUUGAUGAUCCAAUCGUCAACAGAACCAGCUCGGGCGUUGAACUCAUUGAGCUCGAGGAUAGAUAA